GCCUUGUGUCGGGGGUGGGACGGACCUGCUUCUUUGUCGGCCCGUUUUACAAAGCGUCCUUGCGCGAUUCUCCACCCGGGAACAGCAAGACAACUUGAAUACGCGUCUGUCGAUUAUCAACAGAUACUUUUAACUAGGUAACCAGCUGCCACAAUGCAGAUUUUUGUGAAAACCCUCACCGGCAAAACCAUCACCCUUGAGGUGGAGCCGAGUGACACAAUUGAAAAUGUGAAGGCAAAAAUUCAGGACAAGGAAGGUAUUCCUCCUGAUCAGCAGCGUCUGAUCUUUGCGGGAAAGCAGCUGGAAGAUGGACGCACACUCUCAGACUACAAUAUCCAGAAAGAGUCCACCCUUCACUUGGUUUUGCGUCUUCGUGGAGGAAUCAUUGAGCCUUCGCUCCGCCAGCUGGCCCAGAAGUAUAACUGCGACAAGAUGAUCUGCCGCAAAUGCUAUGCCCGCCUGCAUCCCCGUGCUGUGAAUUGUCGUAAGAAGAAAUGUGGCCACACCAACAACCUGCGCCCAAAGAAGAAGGUCAAGUAAAAAGAGCAUGACGGGAACCGCCACCAUCCCUUCUCCUGGUACCAGGCUGUGGUGUACCUUAGGCAACUCGAUUCAUCUUCCCUCCUCUCGCGGGAGGCCAUUUUCCCCCUGCCAGUUGGAAUAAACAUUCAGUGCACCAAA